AGGGCCGCGGAAGAGGCGGCGCCACCGGCUGCUGCCGCUACAGCUGAACCGGCUGAAGCUCCGGUCAAAGCUGCCAAGCCACCUCCAAUUGGACCCAAGAGAGGAACCAAAGUGAGAAUUCUUAGGAAGGAAUCUUACUGGUACAAGGGCACAGGUUCAGUUGUAGCUUGUGAUCAGGAUCCAAAUACUCGUUACCCAGUUGUUGUACGAUUUAACAAAGUGAAUUAUGCUAAUGUUUCAACCAACAAUUACGCAUUGGAUGAAAUCGAAGAAGUGAAAUGAGAGUUGGCGACCAAUUACUAGUAUAUUUGUAGAAUGCAAGGCCCUUUGGUUUCUAUGUUUAUUCUCUAGUUAUAUACUGGCUUUGAUUGUGAAUGAAUGUCAAUUAUAGUUUGUGGCAAUUCGCAAUCCCAUCCCUUUUCUA